AGCCUUUUGAUUGGUUGACUUCAAGCCGACAUGUGACGUCAUCUUUUUGUGACGGAGUUGGAAAGAUGGCGCCUUCCCCAACAAAGAGGAAGGAGGAUGACAAAAGCAAACAGCGCGGUAAGGAGAAGUCAGGCGCCACAAAAGAAGGAGCUGAAAAGGGCAGAGGUCGAGAGAAGAACCGCACACGGCGCAAUGCUUCAAGUGGGAGCAGCAGUUCCAGUUCAAGUAGCUCAGGCUCCAGCUCCUCCAGUGGCUCCAGCUCUGCCUCCAGUCAUUCAGGCUCAUCCAGCUCCCGCUCGUCUUCCUCGUCCUCCUCAUCCUCCUCACCAAGCCCGAGCCGCCAGCGCCACAACAACAGGCGGCGGUCUCGUUCAAAGUCAAAAUCAGCAAAGAAGGAUGACAGGGAGAGACGACGGAGGAGCCCCACACCAAAACCCACCAAGGUCUACCUGGGAAGACUCACCAGAAAUGUUAUCAAGGAUCACAUCCAGGAGAUCUUCUCCACCUACGGCAAGAUCAAGAUGAUUGACAUGCCUAUGAACCGCAUCCACCCUCACCUGUCCAAAGGCUACGCCUAUGUGGAGUUUGAGACUCCUGAGGAGGCCGAGAAAGCCCUGAAACACAUGGACGGAGGUCAGAUUGACGGACAGGAGAUUACAGUCACAGCUGUGCUCGCUCCCACGGUGCGCCCUCCCCCUCGCAGGUUUUCCCCUCCCCGCAGGAUGCCUCCGCCCCCACCAAUGUGGCGGCGCACCCCACCCCGCAUGAGGAGAAGGUCUCGGUCUCCACGGCGACGCUCUCCAGUGCGUCGCAGGUCUAGAUCGCCUGGCCGUCGUCGGCAUCGGUCUCGAUCCAGUUCUAACUCCUCUCGCUAGUGAAAAAUGAAACCCCUCCUCCUCCUCUUCCUCUCUGACUGAUCCGUUGCUGUUAUUUAUAUCUGUAAACAAUCAAAUAUGAAAGAAAAACGUCCUCUUUUUUUGAUUUAAAACAAUCCGAAACUUGAAUGAUGAAAACAAAUAGCCCGGAAUGAUAACCGUACCCGAGUGAAUUAUUGAAGCCAGUGUUACUUUCCACAAAUGAAACAAACACUGUUUAACACUAAGAGACAACCGUAUAAUAGAUCUGAGAUAAUUAGCUAUACGGUGAAAUAUAAAGAAUGUUUACACUAAAAUAUCUAAAUUAUUAGAAAAUUAACUAAAAUUAUUAAAAACUUUUGAGUAUUUACGUCCCCUUUAAUAUUUCAGACAGUUAUCUGAAAUCAUAUAGUUGUAACAGGACGUGUCUUUCAUUGCGGCCGCAUUGACACAACAUGUUUAUCGUUGCCAUGGAAACACAGGAUGUUUUUUUGUUUUUUUUACCCCGGAUGUUAUGUCAAAGACUGCAGGAACUGCUACUGAAAGCUGCCGUACUGCUGCUGUAUGUGCUGCUGUGAUAAAAACGUCAUGUAAAUCACACUUUCAUAUAUGGUCAGUAAAGAUAUUCUCUUCCUCAGGUCUGUUUCGCCCGUUCGCCUUGACUACGCAGAGUUGGUUUUCAUCUGGGGUGGGGGGAGGGAGUAGCAGAGAGAAUCACUCCCAUGAUUCCCCGCAAGCCUCGGAAUGAACUUUUGUUAUUGUUUUGAUUGAGAGACUCCCUAGGCAGAAUUUACAUGCUAGGGCUCGACAGAUAAAUGUUCUUUCGAGCCAAUACCGAUAUCGGGGGAGGGUAGAAAGUGGGGGAAAAAAAAUGUAUACCGAUAAAUUGGCCGAUAUCUGUCUUCGAUUUGUAGAUAUAGAUAAACACAUGCAUUGCAUUGAUCCCUCGAAUGCAGUUAUCAUGCUUGUUGUAAUCCAUACAGCACCCUCUGCUGGUGAAAGAAAACUGCUAGUUGAAUACAACAAAAGUCAAAUGGAAUGAUAUUUGACUGUUGAAUAAAUCUAUUAAUAUCGGCACCUAUCUGGGAUUAGAUUAACCGAGAUCAAUAGUCACUGUAAAUGCCGUUAUCGGCCGUCAUUAUCGGCUGGUCGGUUAAUCGGUCGGGCUCCGUUACAUACUGUGCGUUUAAAGCAGCUUUUACAAACAUGGUGAUUUUAGUAGUUUUCUGAAGGAGGCAGCUGAUUUAAAAACUGUGUUUCAGUUGACUGUUUGUGUUAAGCUACAGCAAAAUGUGUCUGAUUCCACAGAGGUGAACGCUUGUGCCAAACAAUUUAUAUGAAGAUUCACUACUGACUGCUUCUUUCCUAAAUAAUUUCUUACACUUCAGACUACUGUACCACUCGAUGUGAGUGGAGAUCCUCAAAAAGAAUGAAUCCUGUGACUUCCAGAAACAGAACAAAAAAAAAACGAAAUCAUCGGUCACUGCUUUCUACUGAUUUUAGAUGCAAAAUAAAUAGGAAGGAAUGCAGGCUUUCAUAGGUCACUGCACCACUUUAGGUAGCUCUUCCAAUGAAUCAUGCUCUGUUACGUCCCCAGGUUUGCUUUUGCACUGCUAUCGGUCCACUCAUUUGUUUAGGAUGGAUCUGUUCAUCUUUAUCCUAUAGGGCUUUCACACUAAAAGAAAACUUGUGAUAUUUCCAGGAGCUGUAUGUGUGAACGCAAACAGCCACAUUUUUCGUUUCACACUUCCCCCUGAGCUUCUCCUUCUAGACCCCUAGUAUCUUUUUCUGCAGCAAGUGAGCUGAAGUGAGAACACAGCAGGAUAUUCUCUGGAGAAUUCAGCUCGAGCCAAUGGGAGGGAGAGUGACGUUUAUAUACUGUGACUACUGUGAAGUUCUUCUCCGCUCUUUUCUUGAUAGUGUGAUUCUGUUGAACUACAUUGAUUUAAAGGGAAAUAUUCUCAUCAUAGCAUCGUGUAGCGGACUCUGUUGCUUCAUCCAGCUCAUUUAACCCUGACAAUUGUAUUCCAGCAGAAGUCUCAGAUUUAACUCUGACGACUCGUUCUUAACCAGUUUAUUUGUAAAGUUUUAGACGAUGCGUUUUGUGAAUGCCUUUAAAGAGUAUUUCUUUAAGAAGGUAACAUGAAAGGAAAUGCUUCUUAGCAUAUUAUACUCUUUUAUUCAAAUAUCGUCAGCAUGGAGCAAAUCACCUUUUGGGAAACAUGAUUUGAUGAAGUGUCUGUGUUCUCCGCGCAAGUUCACACAUUACUUUAAGCGAUCUUACAAAAAUACUACAGUACAAUCUUUCUCAAAUCUAUUUUAUUGUUAAGUGUUUUUAAAUAUUGUUGAUGAAUAACAGAUUUGGUCAUAAUUUAGGUUAAAUUUGCUAAUGUAUUUUUUUUUUUUCUAACCGUCCAGUUCAGUUAAAUUGGUAAUGAUGCUUCACUUUUUACAGAACAUCCAAACAGGAAGUUAUUUAUAAAGGUGAUUAGUACAAAGUAGGGCGUGUCAUUUUUUAUUCAACGUUCGAACAUUCAGGGGGGAGAAAGGCUGAGUUUUGUGUUUGAACGUUUUGCGUCAUAUUCUACAUUCGUUAGAUUUUUUUUUUUUAAGUGACAUCACUAGUACAAAGAAUUCCUCAAGUUAACAAAGACUGAAUGGUCCAUCAGCAAUUUCCUUUUUCUUCUUGGUUUGUACGUGUCACACUGGUUUUAGUUGUAAUCGUGUUGUAUAAAGCUGUACUGAUGCUACUGGCUUGACUUGGUGUCUCAUGUUUUGUAUUUCCAGCUGUGGAUGGUUCAGCUUGUGCUCAACCAAAGUAUGAUCAUAAUAAACGUUAUUAUUUGAACAGAA